UCCUACGUGGACGACUCAACGCGAACGCGAUUGCGAAACGAUCCGAUGCGAAUUUAAUGCGGUGCGGAGCGACGCGGCUACUCUGUCCUGUCUGCGCGCGAACCGUCCCCUCCGCGCCCUCCGCCGCCGUUCAGUUCAGUUUAGCAUUUAGGUUAGGUUAGGGUAAACAUUUGUCAUGGACGGACGGAAGCUUAUGUUGUUGGAAAAUUCAUAUCUUAAAUAUGAGAUAUUGAAGAAGUGUAUAAAGCAGAGAAGCGGAACUAAUACUGUGUACUUAGAAAGCCAUAGUCAUGGGGAAUUUCAUAAUUUGUACCAGGAUUUACGUACUCAACCCCUGUUGUUCAAGGAAUAUUGUCGAAUGUUACCUACUACGUUUGACUAUAUCUACUGUACAAGCCAUUAAACCUGUUCUGCAAUUUACUACAACAAAUUUUCAGGAACCUAUUUCUGUAGAAGAACGACUUAUGGUGACUUUGAGGUAUUUGGCCACAGGUAUACAAUUUCGGCAACUCGCUUUCUCGUUCAGAAUUUCAAAAUCUGCUAUUUCUACAAUCGUACCACAAGUUUGCAAAGCUAUAUGGACUCAAUUAGUUAGGAAACACAUGCCCGAACCUUCAGAAGAUAGCUUUAAAAACAUAGCGCAAUGUUUUUGGGACAGAUGGCAAUUUCCUAAUUGCAUUGGAUGUAUUGACGGAAAGCACAUUCGCAUAAAAAACCAAAACAGAAAGGUUCCAUGUAUUAUAAUUACAAACCCUUCUUUUCGAUUGGGUUGUUAGCAGUCACUGACGCAAAUUAUAAGUUUGUAAUGAUAAAUGUGGGUUCCUAUGGAAAAGACAACGAUGUCGGUGUUUUUGAAGAAUGCCCAUUUCGAAGAGCAAUAGAACAAGGAA